CGUCUCACUUUUUAUCUUCAUUGGCUCUCGCGCGUUCGUCCUUCUCCGUCUCGCUCCCUUCGAAAGCGGAGGCGAGAGGGAUGAGACCCCUCGCCCAAACCCUAACCCUAGAAUGUCCCUCCCAAACCCUAGCUCCCUCCUCUUCCUCGCUCCCAAGCCCGCGCUCCCCCUCUCCUCGCCGCCGCAGCUACCCCUCCACCGGUGCCGCGCGGCGGCGGAGGCCUCGGACGCCGCCGCCGACCCCUCCGACUGGUUCCGGCCCCGGCGGUCGCCGGAGCCCGACGCGAGGAUCGCGGCGCGCGACCCCGGCGUCCGCGUGAACGCCAAGGAGGAGGCCAAGGACGGGGGCGGGGGGCGGAAGCAGAAGAAGAAGUGGUGGUGGUGGUCUCGCGAUCGCGAGAGCUACCUCGCAGACGACUCCGACGCGCUACCGCUCCCCAUGACCUACCCCAACUCCUCCCCGGCUCCGCCCGAGGAGAUCGAUCGCCGCCUCAAUUGCGAUCCCGAAGUUGAGGAUUGUAAAGAGGUGGUGUAUGAGUGGACGGGGAAGUGUAGGAGUUGCCAGGGGACGGGAUUUGUGAGCUAUUAUAACAAGAAGGGGAAGGAGACCAUCUGCAAAUGUGUUCCUUGUCUUGGAAUUGGCUAUGUCCAGAAAUUUACAGUCCGCAAGGACAUUGAUGUGAUGGAAGACCUAGACAAAGGCAACGGGAAACCUCCUUAAUUGCUGCUCCGAUUCUUCUCUCUUGCUGUUGAUCGGUAAGUUUUGGUUAGUGAUCCUUACAAUUUUCAAGAGCACGAGUGUUGCAAUAUUUUCUCAUUGCAGGGAAUCGUUCUCUUUUUGUACUCAAUUUUGUAAUAACAAUUUAUACCGCAACUACUCGCCUACAGUUUCUUACGGCCUCUCUGUUGUGGGAGCAUAAUUCCACGUUUAAUCUGUAGCAUACCUGUUGUGAUUGAGGAGCUGUAUACAUUUUAUGUUAUAUUUAAAGGGAAGCAAAUCAUUGAAGUUGAGGACAACUUUUUUUUGCUAAUAAAGAAAUUCUUACAUGUGUUCUUGGAUGUCA